AUGGCGCCGAAAGGUCGCGGCUCCAAGGCUUCGAAGAGCAGCGGCGACAUGACGAAGACCUUGUGGAACGCGCUCUACUACGAGCCCAAAGCUGAAGAUGAGGAAGUGAAGAGCUUCCGCUGCGAGAAACUUUUGGAGUUCCGUGCUGCCGGUGAGGACCGGAAGAGGAGCAUGAUCGCAGAGUUCAUGCAGAACGGAAAGAAGAUGAAGGCUUGGCACGCCUCCGUCUCCGAGUCCGUCAAAGAAAUGAGCGAGGCCAAGGAGGGCAGCAUCGAGGGCUGGGCGGACAAGGAUGGCAUCAUGCAGGCGUACCAUCUCAGCUGGCAGGAUCCCAACCUAGAGCAGAAACUCAGCUGGCUCACUGAAGGCCUGCCUGUCCGCGACCAUCGGAACGCGAACUACGCCAAGGCAGGCUACAAGGAGUGGUACUUCAGCAAGGAGACGCUCAAGGAAGUCUCGGCCACCACCCAGCAUGCCAAGGAGCUCCGAGCGGACAGCUCCCUGGGCAGCUUGACUGUGUCCAGGAAGCCGGCGGCGGUGGCGAACGUGUCCCAGGCCAGGCAAGACUUCGCCGCCCUUAUGAAAGAGGCUGCGCGCGUGGAUCGGGAAGUGCACGCAGAGCUAGCCAAGCAUCGGGAAGUGGAGCGAGACGCUGAACUUGCUGGCGACAUUCCUGAGAUGGUUGAGCUCGCGAAGCUGAAGGAGGACCUGGAGACGGCACAGGGCAGGUUCGACCAGGUCAUCAUGACCAGCAAGCGUUUCCUCGACUUCAGCGAGCAGCAGGCAGCAGAGCACACUACGUCGCUCAGCACCAGUGUGCAGUCGGUGCAGGAGGUCUGCCAGCGCUACCAUAACCAGAAGAACACCGUUGUCCGCGCCGUGGGCCGGAAGCGACUCACGGCUGCCCGAGUUUCCAUGGACGGCACGCUCACCAGCAUCCGGGCUGCACAGGCCUCGGUCCACGCCGAGGUCAUGGCAGCGGCCGGGUGCCACGGCUGUCACCCAGGCAACAUCUCCCGAGACCUCUGCCGCAAGCUCGUGCCCCUGCUGGCUUCCAGACCUGCUUUCGAGGUGCCGUGUGAAGUCAGCACCAAAGAACCGCAGAGCGGUCGUAUGCGACUCGCCUCAGAAAGCCAGCACAUACUGCUGCCACAUGAGAUUCUGGCAGAUGUGUGCAGCAGCCUCGAAGCCGAGCGGCUGCUCGGCUUAAGUAAAGGAGAACAGUUCUGGAAGGACUUCGAGGAGAGCGGUGCAAUGCAGGACCGGCCUGAACUCGUGGAAGCGCGGGCUACCGAGACACAAUUCCUGCUGGCCGGGUUGCCAAAAGCCUGCACGACCACUGCAACGUGGGAUCCAGUCUACGAGGCCGUCGUCCGGAGCUUGGAGUGUCUCUAUUACGGCGACAUCAGUGCCAUGGGCGACACGUACGACAGGAGGCGCUGCAAGCAGCUGCCCCCCAAAGCGGUCGUGCUGGUUGUAUGGCAGCACCAUAAGAAACAUUUUGUCCCCUAUUUUGAGCUUUCAAAUUGUGACACGGUAGAGACCAGCCAGAGAAGCAUGUGUGAGGUCCUGGCCGGAGACAUGGAAGCGUUGGCUAAUGUUUGGCAGUUGCCGUGUCACGCAAGCGCCAGUGUGCUGCGCAGAGUGUGA